AUGGGCCUCUCAACCAUCUUGACGGCCUCUCUGCUGGCCCUGCGCCUCUUCUCGGUGCCGGCCGUGGCUGUACCGGCUCCGUCUCCGGCUGCUGAUUCAAAGGCUGUGGCCGCCGCCACAAGCUGGUGGCUUCCCAACAUCGCACGCCAGGGUACUGUUCCCUUCGGCGCCGCUGGCUAUCAGAUCUACCGCAAUGUUCAGAGCUUUGGUGCCAAGGGUGACGGUGUCACUGACGAUACCGCGGCCAUCAAUGCUGCGCUGAGUUCUGGAAACCGAUGUGGUGCGGGUUGCGAUUCCCAAACCACCACUCCGGCCAUUGUCUACUUCCCUCCUGGUACCUACAUCGUCUCGUCCCCCAUUCAGCUCUACUACUACACCCACUUGAUCGGUGAUGCCACCAACCUGCCUACCCUCAAGGCCUCCCGCAACUUUGCUGGUAUCGCCGUCAUCGACUCCAACCCCGGCUGGUAUGGCGCCACCAACAACUUCUUCCGCCAGAUUCGCAACUUCAAGAUUGACCUGACUGGACAACCCAUCAAUACCGGCACUGGUAUUCGUUGGCGUGUUGCUCAGGCCACUUCGAUCCAGAAUGUCCAGUUCAUCAUGAGCACUGACACAAGCACAAACAACAAGCAGCAGGGUCUCUGGGGAGAGGAUGGUUCUGGCGGCUGGCUGAGCGACCUCACCUUCACCGGUGGUGCUCUGGGCAUGUGGGUUGGCAACCAGCAGUUUACCAGCCGUAACCUCGUCUUCAAUGGCUGCCAGACUGCCAUCUACAUGAACUGGAACUGGCUGUGGAGCUUCCACGGCAUCACCAUCAACAACGCCAACGUUGGUAUCGACAUGAGUGGCAUUGAUGGUAACGGCAUCCAGCAAGUCGGCUCCAUUUUGCUUGCCGACUCUAAGCUCACCAACACAAAGGUCGGCGUGCUCACCAACCAUGACCUCAACCAGGCAGGCACCUAUGGUACUCUGGUUCUGGAUAACGUGGACAUGACCACGAACACCCCCAUUGCCGUCAAGAACGCUCGCAGCGGUGCCACCCUCCUCGGAGGAAACGCCAACAUCGCCUCUUGGACCCAGGGCCGCGCCUACACCAACAACAACGGAAAAGCUGUUCAGGGCACCCGUGCCACCGUCUCCAAGCCUGCUGCGCUGACCGCUGGUGGCAAGGUCUUCACUCGCAGCAAGCCCCAAUACGAGAAUGUCCCCGCUAGCAGCUUUGUGUCUGUCAAGUCUCGUGGUGCCAAGGGUGAUGGAAGCACUGAUGACACUGCUGCCAUUCAGGCCGUCUUCAACAGCGUUUCCUCUGGCCAGAUUGUCUACUUCGACCACGGCGCGUAUGUCGUCACCGACACCAUCAAGGUCCCCAAGAACAUCAAGAUUGUCGGCGAGGUCUGGGCUCUCAUCAUGGUUGGCGGUACCAAGUUCAAGGAUAUCAACAACCCCCAGCCCGUCUGGCAAGUUGGUCAGCCCGGCGAUGUCGGCAACGUCGAGAUUCAGGAUAUCAUGUUUGAGACCCUCGGCCCGCAGCCCGGCGCCAUCAUCGUGCAGUGGAAUGUUGCCGGUUCUUCUCAGGGCGCUGCCGGUCUUUGGGAUGUCCACUUCCGUAUCGGUGGCAGUGCCGGCACUCAGCUGCAGUCUGACCGCUGCGUCAAGACCCCCAACCAGACGACCAACCCCAACCCCUCAUGCUUUGGCGCCUUUUUGCUCCUUCACGUCACCACUUCUGGAAGCAUCUACAUGGAGAACACCUGGCUCUGGGUGUCUGACCAUGAGCUUGAUCGUGCCGAUCACAGCCAGGUUAACAUCUACAACGGCCGUGGUCUCUUGAUCGAGAGCACCAAGGGCACCUGGCUGUGGGGUACCGCUUCGGAACACAGCGUGCUCUACAACUACGCCCUGAACAAUGCCCAGAACGUGUACGCCAACAUCCUCCAGACUGAGACCGCCUACAUGCAGGGCAACCCUGAUGCUAGAGUUCCCUUCACCUCCCAGUCCAAGUAUGGUGACCCUGACUGGUCCAGCUGCACCACCUCCACUUGUGCCCGUACCUACGGUAUUCGCAUCGUGAACUCGAGCAACACCCUCAUCUACGGUGCCGGCAUGUACAGCUUCUUCAACAACUACGACGGAAACACUUGCGUCAAUGCCAACAACUGCCAGGACAACAUGAUUGACAUCCGCAACUCUCAAGUUAAGCUCUUUGCCAUUAGCACCAAGGCCAGUAUUAGCAUGGUCACCCUCAACGGCCAGCAGUCUGUCUUUGACAGGGACAACCGCAACACAUUCUGCGGCACCAUUGCCUCUUUCGAGACGUCAUAG